AUUUAUAUGACAAUAAGCACAUCAUAAGUAAAGAGCAACAACAAGAAGAAGAUAUGAGAAGAGAAGGAAGGCAACAUGGAAUGGUUAUAACUCACAUUGUCAUCUCACCACCUUUCAACUCAAACCCAAAGUCUAGAAUCUUAAACAAGCUUGAAGCUCCGGUGAUCGCCGGAGUUUAUGCUAAGGUAUCUUCAAAGCCUACCAACCACUCUAAGUUCACCGGCAGGUGUUCCAAAACCAUGUGCUCUGCUCGCCAUCUCCGGCCUGCAUGCAAGUCUAAGGCCAAAGCUAAAGGCCACCGUAAGUUCAGAUCAUUGGACUUCUCCGGAGUUUUGGAUUAUCAUGAUCAUGAUCAUCAUGAUGAUAAUGAUGAUAUUGAUGAUGAUGAUGGAAUGAUAGGUGGUGAAGGUGAUCACAAAGGUGGUGAUGAUGAUGAUCAUAAAGAAUGGUUCUUUGUAGGAAAGAUAUAAUUAAGUUGGGUGUUUCUAAUAUGCUUAUCCUUUUUUAUUUGUGGGUUUAAUGUUGGGAGAAGAGAUUUAUAUCUAUGGAUCAUCUAUGAAUCUUCAAAUUUGAGGUUGUUGUAUUGUUUUGGUUUAUUUAUGAUAUUAUUAAAAUCACCUUGA